UCUCUUGCCGAGCAUAGGCAUUCUGAUCAGGAAGGUGUCCAUUUAGAGGCGUUGCCAAAAACGUGGCAAACUGUUGCAAAUCAAAGCCUAACAAAAUCAGCCCGUCAAGUUCGACCUCGCUCCCCCUUACCACUGAUGCUCCUCGCUGUUUCGAGUAUGCUUUACCCCCCCCCGGGGGGCUUGGCUUGCUUUCCCCCACUCCGUCAUGGUAUAGUAGGCAGAAUAAGGUGGAAAACCCGGGAGGACCCGCGAGCGAUACGUGAGCAGGUCCCAACAUUGCAAAACCUCGUGCACAGCUCCGGUGAUGGACAAAUCCCUGAAAUCACAUCAGCAAACAAGACAAAUUCGGCAUGGAAUGAAGGUGUCCAAUCGAUCAUCAGUCGAUCAGCAAUCGUAUCCGGUAACUUAGGACUUCAUGGGGGGAAGGAGGGCGACGCGUGCCUUCGAUAUAGUCGCCGUACGCGUGCAGUUGGGGGCUAUCGAGCUGGGCGCGACACUCUGGGUCUGGGAAUACGCCUUGAGGUACCGGACCCACGGGAAGUGAUUGAGACCACACGUUCAAGAAGACGUGGUGAGAUACAGAUUUGCAUCUUAUGAAUCAUCGUGAGCUUUGGGACAUGAUGGAAGUCAAGAGGUUCAAAAACAUUGUAGCAGGUUUCUAAAACAUCCUCGAUCAAACCAGACGUAUGG